GCAUAUAUAAGUUGCGGCCACCGUUCACACUGCAGUUGUGUACAGGCCGUCACUAAUCAAUAUGAAACUCCUCAUCAUCACAGCCUUGGUGGCGUGCGUAGCAGCAGAUGUAUCCCACAUCCUGACCAGGUCUCCUGAGGCGGACGCUAAGAUCCUCAGACAGGACCAGGAUGUAGGUCUCGAGGGACAAUACCAAUGGGCUAUCGAGACUGAAAAUGGUAUAUCAGCUCAGGAAACCGGUGCUUUGAAAAACCCGCAAUCGGAGAACUCAGCUCAGACCGCUCAAGGUCAGGCUAGAUGGACCGCACCCAACGGCGAAGUUGUCGAAUUACAAUACACAGCUGAUGAAAACGGAUAUCAAGUGCAGGGUUCCCAUUUACCAACACCACCACCGAUCCCUGAAGCUAUCCUCAAGGCUUUGGAGUACAUCAGGGCCCACCCUCCACCACCAGAAAACUAAGAAACUACCCCAUCAUCAAUAUAAACAGAAUAUGUGACUGGAUAAGCAAGAAACCUUUAUAAGCGAGAAACUUGGGAGAGUUACCUCUAUAAGCGAGAAAAUAUCUUUUGGUUUCUCGCUUAUCUGGAAUCUAGUGUAAUCAAUAGUUGCAUCUCUUUCAUUCUGUUUGACAAAACCGAGACACAAUAUAAUAAGUACUACACAAUGAAAUCGAUUGUCUAAAAUUCUUAUCGAUUCCAUCAUAAAAAUCGAUAACAAUUUUAUAAAAUCGAUAUUACGUUCAUCAAUCAAGAAUAAGAAUCGAUUUUAAUUUAUGUUUUAUGAAUUAAAUACUCAUUUUUCUUAGUAAUUGUGAAGAUUCCUGUGAUAACGGAUAUUAAUAUAAGUUUUAUAUUUUAUUUCAUUGUUUGAAAUUUACCUUAAAAUUACCUAGACAUUUGAUUUAAAACAAAAAAAAAUCAUCAAAAAACUUGGUCCAAAAUUGGUACCUUGUGGGACACCUAUAUAAAUUUUACCAUAAAUACGUAAUUUAAACUUUAAAAAUGAUCUAUAAAAGAAAAAAAUCUAGAUUUAUAGAAUAAAUGCUUAUUUUUAAAUAAAAAAAGAUAAGUUUUCAUACAAUUAUAAGCAUUUUUAUAAUAUCAAGUAUAUCAAAAGGCGAAGUAGAAACUAGAAAAA